UGUAAAACUUCACCAGCACCUGUCUCCAUUCUGGGAUUGAUUUCUACUGAAUGAAUGCUACUUACUGAAACGUACUCAUGAACGUGUCAAAUCUGUUUUCAGUGGUGUCAGAAAACCAGCACCAUUUCCACUGUUACCUGCUCAGAGUACUGCGGAGGCUGGCAUGCCAGCUGGGCAGGCUGGCUGUGCCCCAGGGUCACCAGGCCUGUGACUUCCAGGAAGCAGCCAGCCAGCUUCAAACCCUCCAGGAACUCCUGGAGACACGGGUGCUUCCCCUGGAGCAAGGGGCACGCAGGGAGGCGACGGGUUUCCCCAUCCUGAGCUCAGAACCGAGGCCCGGCUGCGCGUGCCUGCCCACACUGGUGACACCCAUCUGCUGGCUCCUUCUAGGCGUCACUAGCUUGGCUUCAGCCUUUUUUACAGCCCUUUACAGCUUGAACAUGAACAAAGACCAAGCCACCAGCUGGGCGGUGUCAAUGAUGCUGUCGGUGCUCCAAGACACCUUCGUCAGCCAGCCAGUGAAGGUAUGCCAGAGGGGAAGGGCGCCAUGGCGGGGGGCAGCCCGGGAGAGCGAACUUCAUGCGCAUCAACGUAAGGGAUCGCAUGAAUGUGACAACUUGACAGUGAGCGAAUCAAUCUGCAAUGGCCUUGGUUAGGGAUACACGGGAGCUAAUGAAAACUGAUAGACUAACAGAUGCGUGACAGAAGGGACCGGGGGAGGGGGAAUGGUUUGGAAGAGCAAGCUGCGCACUAAUGGCUCAUGCCUGUAAUCCUAGCUGCUCAAG